AUGGGGGAAAAAGCCAACGUCCCUAGGCGGGUCAGGGAGGCCCUCGUCAUACCAAACAUCCCGAAGCAGAUGCACCCGACGCAUCACGCAGAACGCAGAACGGCGCUGCAGAAACGUCUAAGUAUAGCAGAGGGCGUCCUCACGGACGCUGCCAGAGACGGCGGGGGCGCCAUGGUCGCAACUGCGGUCAACCAACAAGAAGUGAUCUCGAGCUGCAGUGCCAAGACGUCGGAACCGGAAGUCGCAGAGGAGGUGGCCAUCGCCCUCGCGAUCCGAGUCCGGGGGGCACGCAUCGUCGUCAGCGACUCGCAACAAACAGUCCGGCAGUUCGCCAAAGGAAGAAUCUCUACAGCCGCGCUCAGGGUCCUGGCCGUCCCCGAGAAGACGUCAACGAGAGAAUGCUUUUGGCUUGGCAUAUUAAAUUACAGGGCAUGUCCUGUCGAAGAUGGUCGGUCUCCUGGCGAGCUGCUGCAAGGAAGGCGGCUGCGCACACCCGUGCCGGACUUCGAUCCCCUUCCUGCGAUACGGGUCAAGAAACACCGACAGACAGGCCACAACGAGCGGGUGCUGCCCCGCCUUAAAAACGACGACGUGGUACGCCUGAAUGGAGCGUCAUGGGCGCGGAAAGCCAAGGUAGUUGGAUCAGCCGGGCCGCGGUCCUUUUACGUGCGUACGGAGAAUAAUACCGUACUUCGGCGCAACCGUCGACACCUUUUAGCGACGAAGGAAGACUGCGAGGUCGACUUGUCAGACGACGAAGAUUCGGACAACGACCGAGCCUCAUCACACGGAAUGACAUCCCCAGCGCCAACCAUCACGACGGCUCUACAAACGGCAACUACGACGACUCCACAAACGGCAGCUCAGCAGCCAACGGUUCAGCCACCGCGAAGGACAACACGACAGAAGCGGCCUCCGGAGCGAUUGGGUUAUGACGAGCGCUUCCAGCAAACGAGCCAGAGGUGUUGA